CUGUCUUGGUGCAGUUGGCUGGUUAGAUAGUUAGCUAACUAACUAGCCAUGUUAGUUCCUAUGCACUUUUUAUUGAGCUAAGAUAUGUAGCUAAUUGUUUAGUAGAUUGGAUUCUAGCCAAGUUUAUAGCGGCUGUCUGACUGGUUCGAUAUUUAGCUAGCUAGCUUUCGUAGUUGCAGUUAGCUUGCUAGCUACGACUUCUGCACGCUAACGAUAAAUUACUUGCUGUCUAAUUGCAUAUGCAUUGAAGUUGACUCAGAGUUGAAACCAAAACGACAGAAAAUGGCUGAACAGGAGCCCACCCCGGAGCAGCUGGCAGCCAUCGCGGCUGAGAACGAGGAGGAGGAGAAGGUGAACUACCGGCCCCCGGCCCAGAAGUCCCUGCAGGAGAUCCAGGAGCUGGACAAGAACGACGAGAGCCUCCGGAAGUACAAGGAGGCCCUGCUCGGGGCCGCCCCGGUCGCCGCAGACCCCGCCGCCCCGAACGUGGUGGUGACGCGCCUGACCCUGCUGUGCGAGACUGCCCCGGGCCCCCUGGUCCUGGACCUGACGGGAGAUCUGGACUCUUUCAAAAAGAACCCUUUUGUGCUGAAGGAAGGAGUGGAGUAUAGGAUAAAGAUCAGCUUCAAGGUGAACAAAGAGAUCGUCUCAGGACUGAAGUAUGUCCAGCAGACCUUCAGGAAAGGAAUAAGGAUUGACAAAACCGAUUACAUGGUGGGCAGUUACGGCCCGCGGGAAACUGAGUAUGACUUCCUGACCACGCUAGAGGAGGCGCCCAAGGGCAUGCUCGCCCGGGGCACCUACACCAUCAAGUCCAAGUUCACCGACGACGACAAGCACGACCACCUCUCCUGGGAGUGGGACCUCAACAUCAAGAAAGACUGGACAGACUGAAAUGCCUUCAGAAGUAGCAUCAUUCCCACAUUUCUUUCUUAAUAGCAUUUAUUCCUCCCCUCCUCCCUGCCCUCGUCACCCCUUCCCAUCCACUGCUUAACGUCUGGUGGCGUCAAAGGCUUCAUCUACCCGUCCAGCUUCCCCCGGUUAUUCUGCUCCACACACACACACACACACUCACACAGACACACGCGCGCACACACACACACUCACACAC